ACGGGUAUUCAUCAGAAGCAAGACUCAUUCCAUGACACAGGUUUAUUGUCCAACGACCUCGACGAGGAUGUAACUCUCAACUGUCAAAGUGGAACAACAGAAGACAAAGAGAUGGAAAAUGCAGCCAUUAAACUACAGGCUAACUUUCGGGGCUAUCUUACGAGGAAGAAUCUUCGAGAAAAUGAUAACUUCGAAUCAAAUCCUCAAGAUCACAGAUUGGACAAGGAAACACAAAAUCAUAGUGAAUAUGAUACAUUUCAGAAGCCAUAUAUCAGUGAUCAAGAGGAGAUCGCUAGAAAUGAGGAGGAGGAAAACUCAGCUGUUGUCAUUCAAGCUGCUUUUCGUGGACACAUGGCCCGUCGAGAAAUGACAAAAUGUGAAGUUGAUAUUUGUACAGAUAUGCUAGAAGUAAUGGAAAACAGCAAGGAGGACUUCGCCAGUGAUGAGGCAGAAGAUGAUCCCACACAAGUUCUUACAUUUGAAGAAUACAUAGCUCUAAAACAGUACUCUGUUGAUGAGUUAAGUUCUGAAGAGAAAAACUUAAAAAAAGACAUAGAAAAAGGCGUUGAGGAUUAUAAAUUUAACGAUUUAACAGAAGAUAAGGAAGAUCAUGCAACAGAUCGAAUGCAGCCAUGAUUGAUAAUUUUUGUAUCAAACAAUAAUGAACAAGGAG